AUGAUUCCUAGAAACAUCCCAAUGAAUAAGAAAAUCCUGAAUGUUAUCAUUCUCUAAUCAUAGCAAUAAGAUUUAAAAGUGUCAAGGUACUAGAAUUUCUCCUACAAUAGCAUUUUUAUGGAGUUUGGGAUGCCAAUGAUUUACUUGAGGCAAUCAAAUAUGCUGAGACUAAAUACAAACAUCAUGAAGAAUUCUUAUUAUAAAUAUGUAGGAUAAUCUUUAAAAGUUAGGUCUAUAUAUAAAGCAUGA